UGGUCCUGUCCCACCAUCAUCCCAACCUCAUCAACUUGCACCUCAACUUUGAGCAAACGACAUUGUAUCAAUACAAACACUCACUUCCCCUCCUACCACACUGCACUCAUUUAUUGAAACUCUCGCGAUUAUCGCAUCAAGAUUGAUACAAUGAGCAACGUUGAGGCUGACUGUAAGUUUCAUCCAUCCUUAUCUCAUCGCAAUUUGAAAAGCGCAAUAUCGCCAUGCGAAUCUGGAUCCUCGCAAUGCGACAAUCCGCGCUACAAACACCAGCAUCAAUAGAACCUUCUGCAAUUACAAUACUUUCAAGCAUCAUAUCUCAAGCUUCCCCUGGCUAAUUUUUAAUUCUCAGGGUCCACUGGAUCAAAUCAGGCUGUCAACAUCCACCUCGUCUCUCCAACCCAAACCUUACACAACUUUUACCCCAAAUUUACAUACCCCAUAUUCGGCGAUGAGGAGACGAUUUUUGGGUAUCAAGGAUUGAAUAUCAAUCUCAAAUACCAUGCCUGUGAUAUGCGACCGCUUUUACAAGUCAGCUACAAUAAGAAAUUCAAGGCGGUAGGUGAGACGGAGCCCACUGAUCUGAAGGCGAUACUAGGAGGUUUUCUCCCAAAGAGUAUGUUCACUCUGCAAUAAUACAUAGUGAUAUGACUGACAAUUCUAGCUGCAUUCGAGAAAACCUCCGACUUCCAAGCCGCAAUUUCAAGUUCCACCUUCUCCGCCUGGACGCCCCCUGGAGAGCUAUGGAAGACCAUCAACACCGGCUCAAAAACCCUGGAGAUAUGGAAGGGAAGUCUGGCAGAUAUGGCAGUUCAACAAAUCGUCAAGCGCAUCCAAAUUCUAGUGCCAUUCUUCAUUGAGGGUGGUACAGCGAUUGAUUUGCGCGAACCGGAAUGGUCGUUGGAAAGGUGGACGGUCUUUUUCCUCUACGAGAAGAAAGGUCAGGAGGGAUUGGAACCAAAUACUUCGCCUUAUCAUUUCAUGGGAUACUCAACGGUCUACAAGUAUUAUUUCUACCAAACGCUUGCGCCUCCUUCGUCACUUGAAGGAAAGAAACAGCAACUUCAACCAAAGACUACACAUGACUUCACAUUCCCGCUACCAGAGUUUAAAUUGUCGUCUCUUCCUUCUCGUUCUAGAAUUUCGCAGUUCCUUCUAUUACCACCGUAUCAGAAAGACGGAAAUGGUUCGAGAUUCUACAACGCUAUAUUCGAUUACUUCCUCCAAGACCUUUCCACAAUUGAAAUCACUGUCGAAGACCCCAAUGAAGCAUUCGAUGAUCUCCGCGACCUGAACGACCUCGCCCGUCUGCGCACCCUCCCUGAAUUCCUUAGUCUGAAAAUCAACACAAGCGUACAAAUCAAGUCCAAAGGCCCGGUCCCAAAGGAAAUCCUCGACUCCAAACUCCUCGAAGAAAUCCGCACCAAACUCAAGAUUGCCCCUCGACAAUUCGCCAGAGUGGUUGAGAUGCAAAUGCUCUCUCUCAUCCCAUUAGGUAUUCGCCAGUCCUUGCUCGAGGUUUCCACCAAGAAUAUUCUGGAUAAGCCGGCGAGAGAGUUUGAGUAUCGACUGUGGAAUCUGUGGGUCAAGAUGAGGCUUUAUAAGCAUAAUAAAGAUAUGCUUAUCCAACUUGAUCGAGCAGAGCGGCUCCAGAGGUUGGAGGAGGUUACUGGGGGUGUGGAGGCGGAUUAUGCGCGGCUUCUGAGGAAUUUCGAUGAAAGGAUCAAGGCAGCUCAAAAGUCUCUGGAAGCGAAUGGAAAGAGACCUGCGUCAGGCAAUGAUGAUGAGGAGGCGGACGGAGAACCCGUAGCAAAGAAGGUCAAGGUGUAAUGGUGGCAAGGGAAGGAAAUACUUGAUAUAAUA